AUGGAUGGUGACGACACCAUUGCAAUUGUUGGCAUCGGUUGCAAAUUUCCCGGUGCCGAAAACCUGGAUGAAUUUUGGCGUGUUCUUGCAAACGGCGAAGAUCAUGUCAAAGAUAUUCCAAAAGAUAGGUACGAUGUUGAAGCGUAUUACGACAGCGACCCAGAUGCCCUCGGGAAAUCGUAUAUCAGAAAAGCCGGUCUGGUCUCAGGAAUCAACGAAUGGGACAAAAUGUUUUUCGGAAAAGGAGAUAACGAAGCCAAGAGGAUGGACCCCCAACAGCGAUUAGUGUUAGAGUGUGUAUACAAGGCCAUGGAAGAUGGUGGGAUCACUAAAGCAAAUUUGGAUCGGUCAGAAACAGGCGUCUAUAUAGGUGCCAUGAACGGGGAGUUCGAAGCCCAUUUCAUAGAAGAUACUAAGGUGUUGUCCCAUUACUCCGUCACUGGACUUAGUAGGAGUGUUAUAUCAGCACAGGUUGCCUACUUUUUAAAUUUGCAUGGUCCAGCUCUUACGUUAGAUACUGCUUGUUCGUCAUCGCUUGUUGCUAUCCACGCAGGCGCACAGGCAAUAAGAACAGGAGAGAUAAAUCUUGCAAUAUGUGGGGGUGUAAAUGUUCUGAUGAGUCACAUGAUGCCGAUAGUAUUGUCAAAGGCACGGAUGGCAUCACCUACAGGAAAAUGUCACACUUUCUCAAAGAAUGCUGAUGGAUACGUCAGAGGGGAAGGAUGUGGAGUUGUCAUCCUCAAACGUCUUUGCGAUGCUAUGCAUGAUAACGAUAAUAUAUGGGGAACCAUUAACACAGCCUGCAAUCAAGAUGGACAUGAAAAUUCACCAAUUACAGCACCUGCAGAGAGUCAACAAAUUCGCCUUCUAGAGAAGAUUUUCAACAAAUCAGGAAUCGAUCCCGGCAGCGUGCAGUACAUUGAAGCUCACGGGAGAAUAAUAUACAUAUACAUGCAUUUGUACAUGUAUUUAAUCUAUAUAAUAGGUACUGGAACCCCUGUUGGUGACCCGAUAGAAGCAAACGCUCUUGGAAAAUUCUUUGGAUCGCAUUAUGUAGAUCGUAAAAUUAAGAUUGGGUCCGUAAAAACCAAUAUCGGUCAUCUUGAAUCCGCAGCAGGUGUUGCUGGACUCAUUAAAGUUCUCUUGAUGAUGAAACAGGGCUAUUUUGUACCAUCACUGCAUGCCGAUGAGCAGAAUGAAAACAUUCCAUUUCAAGAAUAUGGUUUCACAAUCAGCAAAGACUACUCAAAAUGGAAUCAAAGUCCUGAAGGUUAUCGAUUGGCAUCGAUCAAUUCAUUUGGAUUCGGAGGCACAAAUUCGCAUGCAAUAAUAUACAGCAGCCAAAGCUUCAACAGAUUGGGAAAGAGCAAUAAAGGGUCCAUGUCUGAAGUUUUAUUUCCUAGACGCAACGCUGUAGUAUUAUCUGCAGUAACAAGGGAUUCUUUGCAAAAAAUAGUUCACGACGUAAGAGAAAAUCUCAGUAAUAUGUCUUCACUAGAGGAUUUAUCAUAUACCUCUAUUUUUUGUAGAGAUCAUUUCAAAUUUCGAAAGUUGAUAGUUACAGACUCUGUAGAAAAUCUUGAAAAACAGUUGCAAACUGUUUUAGAGCAAAACGAACAAUCACUUUCUCCAAUGCCCUCUACAAAACCUCAAAUAGUAUUUGUUUUUUGUGGAGUGGGAACUACAUGGACAGGAAUGUGUUCAGAAAUGAUAGGUGUAAAUCCAGUCUUCAGAAAAUGUGUGCUUGAUAUUGACUUUCAUUUGAAAAAGCUUGGUGCAGACAUUUCAAUUUACGAAGCGUUUCAAAAGAGGAAAGAAAAUUAUACAGAUCCUAUUCUAGCUCACAUUGCAAUUUUUGCAACUCAGUUAGCACUUGCAGCGUCAUGGAAACACAUAGGGAUAUGUCCAUCAGCGAUCAUAGGACAAUCUGUAGGGGAGGUGGCUGCAGCAUACGAAAGUGGGGCAUUAUCACUUGGGGAUGCUGUAACAGUUAUUUAUUAUCGUUCACUUGCUCUGCCUACAUGUCAAAAUGGUGCAAUGAUGGUCAUUCGCAAUUGUGCAACUGAGACGGUUAGUCUAGCAUGUGCUAAAAUUCAGAAAAUUUAUAAUUGUAAAGCAAAUGUAGCUGUCUACAAUAGCACAGAAUCGUGUACUGUGUCUGGCGAUAACGAAGCUCUGGAAAGACUGAAAACGGAUUUAGCUGACGACACAGUAUUCAUACCCCUCAGAACACCUUGUGCAUAUCACAGUUAUCAUACCAAAGACGCCGGUAAGGACCUGGCUGGUAUGCUACAAAGCAUCAAACCAAAUGUGCCAUGUAUUCGAACCUUUUCAACAGUUACAGGAACAGAAAUAAAAUCAGACUUUGUUUAUCCAGAAUAUUGGGUAUUGAAUGUUUCACAACCUGUAUUAUUUAUGCAAUCGAUGAAGUCAAUGAAAGAAACAUUAGAUAAUAUGAUCAUCUUAGAAAUAGGACCACGACCAGUAUUCCAGGCACAUUUUUCUGCGAUGUUUCCGAAAACAGAUGACAUAAUUUUGCCGUCCAUGAACAAGAUGUCAGAGAUAAAAACAUUUUCAAACACAUUAGAUAAAAUUUUCGAAAAGGGAUUACUUCCGAUUUGGAAGAAUGUCACAACAAUGAAUGGAAGUCUUUGCAGACUUCCAAGAUAUGUUUUCAGUAAGAACGAUUGCGGCAUUAAAUUGGAUGUCAAAAAGGGCUUAACACAAGGAAAUGAUCGUGAAAAUUACUCUGGUCGUAUGAUUCAAUCCACAAAGGGGCCGAACAGGAAAUUCAGUGUGUAUAUCUCAAAAUGGAAUACGCCUUUCGUAUACGAACAUAUUGUGCACGACAGGAUAAUUCUACCAGGCGCUUUAUACGGAGAGAUAGCACUUGAAAUCGGAAGAAAUAUAUGGAAUGGAAAUGUGGAAGAACUCGAAAUAUCAUGGCGAAUUUUGAACCCUUUGGAAAUAGGAAUGACGGAGGAGAAGUAUCUCCUUAUUUAUGUUGACUUCCCAUCUUCUUUGGAAGUUGAAUUCAAAGUACGAGAAAAAGAAGGGUCUAGGGUAUUGGCCGAAGGGACGGUGAAACAUGUGGAUCAAUCGAAGUCAGAAGUCGUAGAUGUUGCAAGCAUUGACGGGACACUUGCGAAGAGAAAAUCAAACAAUGAAAUUUAUUCAUUUCUGAAUAGAUUAGGUUUCAAACAUGGUUCAACUUUCCGAAUAAUAUCGGGGAUUCAGUCAUCAACUAAUGACAAUCUUGCGGAUAUAAUCUUAACAAAAACCGUUAUUAUGGAAAUGACAAGAACAUGUUUUCAUCCGGUCAUUAUUGAUGGAAUGUGUCAGUUAUGCGUUAAUCCCACAUUGAAAUUAGAACUCGGAAAACAAUCUCGUAUUCUACCUACUGGGGUAAGGAAAUUCACAGUUAAACAAUCGCCGACAAAAAAGAUGACAUGCUUUUCAAGAUUGAUGUCAGAUCAAAAUUCAAAAGUAAUAUACAAUGCGUUACUUUUACGAAAAAAUGGAACGAUUGUAGCAGAGAUGGAAGGAUUUGAAAUGACUUUAGUCCCUGGGGAAAACGAAACCGUAAAUCAUUUUCUUGAAGAAAAAUGGCAACUCAGUCAGAUUCCAUUAGGAGAGGUUUCUGCAAAUAGACCAAGCUUAAUAGUUUCAUGGAAAGAACAAACAAUAGCACAAGCUAAAUCAGUUUUAUGCAAAAUAUCCACAAAGCUAGAAGCAGUCAACUUAUCUUCCGAUCUCCAAAUGAAUAAUUUUCUUUCAGCAUUGCCUGAACGUAAAGUUUUAGAUUUAUAUUUUGCUCCUGGCUUUGUCGCUGUUGAAAAUUCACAAAAUGGAAAUCAAGUGUUAGAAGUCGUGCAAAAGUCAGCACACCUUCUUUUGUCGGUGUUACAAAAGAUAGACCUUGAUACAGUCCGCUUAUACAUCAUUACAGAAUGGACACAAGGUGGUGAGGAUAGAGAGGUAUUUGGUGUCUUUGGAUCGGAACUAUGGGGGAUCGGUCGUUCAUUUCAGUUAGAACACUCUGACUUUGAACUUGCAAUGAUAGAUCUUCAUGGAAACUGGCUAGACCUUCAAAAUUCAAUUGUAACCACGAUCUGUUCUCUCAGAAACGGUACAGAAAAAAAUCGCUCUCGGGAAUUCAUUAUUUCAUCACAAGGAGUAUUGAAAGCUACAAUACAACAUUUGCCAUCAACAUACUUUGUCGACAGUGUGAAAACAGUUGAUCCGUCAACGGAAAAACAUUUCUCUGUUCGAACACGAUCCAAAUCAAACAAACCGUCUUUCUUUUUGGUUCCAAACCUAGAAAGUACAAACAACAACAACAAUGUUUGCAGCGUCUCCGUCGACAAAGUGUUGUUAUGUUUCAAGAAUUAUGCGUAUCCUUUCCCAAGUACAAUCCCAGUGACAAGGUACUGGAGUCGCGGUCUCGACAUCGGACAUGACGUAAUGGCUUGUGAAUUUACCGGACAAGCUUUGAAAAAUGGGAAGCAAAUUGUUGGUUGUUGUCUUAUCAAUGUAGCAUCUUCGAUAGCAGUUAACAAACUCUGCAUCUGCGAACUGCAAGAUAUACCAUUUUACAGGAUGGGGAUGUUUUUUAACACUGUUGUUGCAAUGUCCUUUGCAGAGAAAAUCGAAAAAAAGAAAUAUGUUUGCGUUUUACACGACAAAGAACAUGAGGAUGUAGCAGCACUUUUGAAAGUAUUACUACAAAAGAAACAAUGUUUAGUUAAAACAGAGGAAUUUCAUAUUUCGAAUGAUAGUCAAGAUCCUUCAGCCUCUGUUCUUAUCGUGUUGACAAAACAAGUCACGCGCCCAUUUGAAUUGCUUAUUCUGUUGUUUCCAAAUCUUCAACAGUUACUUACCAUCAAGGGUCUGUUACCGAUUUCUACAACGUCAGAUGAUCCAUCAAACUACCCACACAUAGAAUCAUGUGUUAUAGAUAUGUUUGACAUAUUUAAGCAAACAAAAAUGCGAAAGCAAUUUAAGCGAGCAAAACAGUUGAUGCUGGAAAUGAAAGAAGCUGCAUAUAGAAUAUCUCAACACAAUUCAGAAUAUAUUUUGAAUAUGUCGGUCUUGAAAGAAUCCACAAAAAUACAAAUUCCAAGCAACAUGUUGAUAAGAAGAGAUUCAGCAUACAUUGUUAUCGGUGGUCUCACAGGUCUAGGAUGGGAAGUGACAAAAUUUUUGGCUGCUCGAGCGGCAAAGAUUGUAAUCAGUUUAUCUAGACGAUUUCCCUCUGAGGUAGAAAAUCGAAGAAUAGAAAACAUAAAACGUAUCGAAGCACACAUAUCUGGCAUGAAAAAGUUGAUAUAA